GCCUGCGGGGAUGCUCACGGGAAAGCCCAGGGACACCCGGGCUGCAGGUGCUGUCAGGGGUCGCAGGGGUCCCACUCAGGACCCAGCGCCCCUGAGAGUGGAUUUGGAAGGGUGUUCCGUCCAGGCCUGGGGCACCAGAGGGGCCUUGGGCAAACCAGACUGCGCACGUUCGCCCGGGAGGAGAGAGGCCGGUGGAUGGUCUCGGGCGUUAGUGUGGACUGGAGUUGGGUCGGUGGCCGUGCCAGACGACGGAGACCCCCUCCUCCACCACUGCUUGUUCCCCUCCGAGUCCCCCGCAGACAGAGUACAGCAGCGCAUGGACGUGUCAGCUCUCCUUUUGGAAAGACGCUUUUCUGGCCGGUUGAUAAAUGAAAAGUUCUGAGUGUGUUCGUAAACACUUGUGUGGCCUCGUCCCGAGAAGGGGCCCAGAUACGCCCUGAGAUCAAACACACAGUAGAGUUAUGAUUCCUGUGUCUGGGAGUGAAGUUUGAAUCCCACGCCUGUGAAGGCAGGAACUCCAGUUUACAGUGUUUGCUGGGCACUCAUGGGAAGGUUGCGUGGACGUGUGCUCCUGCGCACCACGGGGCCGCCCCAGCUGCUCUCUGGCCCUCCUUUGGCCUGAUUUAGUUUGCCUGGGCAGGUGGGUGCUGAUAACGGGACGGUGUUUCCUUCCCACUUGGUCCUCCUGUGUGUAGGGGGCGGCAGGCAGUCCGGAGCGGUGAAGGGCAUGUCCACCACCUAACCCUGUCCUGCCAGCCACCCGGCGGGGCCGUCGUCAGCUCAGUACAGCAGGUCCCACACGCAGGCGGUGUUCGUCCCGGGCUGCGGGCUAUGGAGAUGGAAAACAAAACGCUUCCGCUCUGGCCGCGGGUUAUAGUGCCAGGUUAUGACAGUUUCUUAGGCCCAUGGAUUCCAUGCUCUCGGGACGUUCUUGAAAGAACAGUGUGGGGUUUGGCUUGGGUUGUUCCCUUGUUGUUUUGUUCGCAGCUGUGGUCUGAAUGUUUGUGUCCCCCCCAAAAUUCAUGUGUUGAAACCUACCCCCCUGUGUGUUACAUUCAGAGGCUGGCCCUUGGGGAGGCGAUUAGGCCCCGAGGGCAGAGUCCUCACGACGGGAUCAGUGCCCGUAUGCGAGCCCCAGAGCACCGCGCGGCGUUACAGGCAGAAGGCCAAGCCUGCCGGCCCCUCGGUCUUGGACGUCCGGCCUCCGAGACUGUGAGCGAUGAACUUCUGUUGUUUAUGAGCCACUGCUCUGUGGUGUGUCGUCGCCGCAGCCUGAACGUACUGUGACAGCCUCAUUCAUGACGCCACGAUGUAGGAAGAAAAGAAUCUCAGGAUAAGGGAUGGGCAUUUGAUCUUUUCUCGCCUUUUCCCAUCUUUCCUCAUCUGGCUAUAGGGCUGUGAGCCACGCUGGGAGUUUAGACCCCCCCGGCCCAGGUGCUCAGGUCAAUCCUGGUGCGCCGUGUUGCCACAAGAACUGUCCCAAAUGACCUCGUGGAAAUUAAGUGCAUGUCCACCACCUAACUCUCACCUGCCCUCACUCACCAUCCACCCCCCGCCCCAAAAAUAAACGAAAUGAGGUUGAUUUUGCCCACUAAUUAGUGAGCCGUGCUGGCCCCUGGUGCCCGCGUAGUGCACGUCUAAUAAGGUCUCUGAUAACUAGUUUUCGGGCAGGUAGAUGCCCGCUUCAUGGUCUAGAGUGGUCCUCCUCCUUGAUUCUGAGAGACGCUGCCUCACUUCAUUGCCACGGGCCCCCAGGGGCCUGGGGUUGUGCAGGUGCUGGCCAGUGACGCGGGACAUUGGCAAGAGCGGCACAGAGGAUGCAGCAGUGGGUGACUGAGGCUGCACGUGCGUUACAGUCCGGAGGAGAGACGGCGGUCACAGCGUCAGCGCUUGACCGUGCUGUUCCAGAGGUGGGGCUGGCGGAGGUCAGGGCGAGGCCCUGUGGGGGUCCAGCUGCCCCUCCCGGGCACGUGCUCACUUGCCAUCUGCCCGUCUGAUUUCUUCAUGCUCCCUGCGGGGCGGGAAGAGUCCAGAAGACAAGAAUCACCACUAACAACUGAAACUUUGUUGUGACUGAAACCCAGAUCUCUGUUGAGUAAGCGCAAGAAAGGGGAUUCCAGCGGCUCCAGAGGCGUGGGGGCGCCCCGAGGCUUCUGGUUGCCCCCGUCCCAGUCACCGUGGAGCCACGGUGUGCGGUGUAAACCACACGUUACGGGGCUGUAUCCUGUCCUGUGGACGCCAGGGCUCCUCCUCAGCCGUCGGGCCGCAGCCACGUGGAAGGAGUGGCCUGGGUGGACAGGUGGUGGCGCUGUAGCCACCGUGCAGCUCCACAGGCUGACCCCUGGCCUUCCAUGACCCGUGCUCUGGGGACGCGUGAUCUGUGGAGUCCUGGCCUGUGUGCGGCGUCUGGGCACCACUCCAGGACCAGCCAGGGGGGCUUGGCUUUCUCUCAGGGGCCCUGUUUCUGCCCUUGGAUGUGGCCUGGCCGUGUGCGAGGCCAGCACAGGUGCGCACGCAAGCCUGGGGGCUCCUCUGGGUUUGGGGGGCACCAGCCACAGGCCUGAGGGCCCAGACCUCACAGAUCGGCAGGGAAUCCCCCCAAGGUCGGGUGGUGUCAGUGUCCCUCCCCCCGCCCAAGCUUCCGGAACUGCAAAUGGCCUCCCUGGAUGCCGCUUGGCCUACGGAUGAGCCAGGUGGUCCUGACUGAGGCACCUCUGGGGGCCGCUGGGCUGGGGACCCUGGAGCCACAAGGCCGCUUUGUGGGAAAUGCCAGGAGGGGGCGGGGAGGACGGGGCGGCCUGAGGGCCCCGCGAGGCAGCCAGCUGCUCGGUGUGUCCCGGGGUGACUGGCCUACGUGUGCCUCUUCCUCACCUGGAAACCUGGGUGGGUGCUGUCUGCACGCGGGCCUCCCGGCGGGGAAGGGGACCCACCGUGCCCCCCUGGCUGUCCCCGGGGUCGGGGGUGCAGGAGGUUGGGGUCGUUUGUGGGCCUGCAGCCAAUGGCAUCUGACGGCCAGUGGGCGUCGAGGGCACGCGGACGGGCCAGACGCCACGCACGGGGCACCCGCCCCAGCCAGGUGCCCAGGGAGGGCGCGAGGGCAGAGGAUGCGCCUGCCUCGCACGUGCGCUGGCAUCCUCAUGUGGUUGGCAAGGGCUCUGGGAUGUGGACCCGGCGAGGCUGCGGCCGGCGCCCCGACCUCAGGGCCCGGGUGGUGGAUGGUGUUAGUCGUAGCAGGGCCGGCGGGCAGAGGCUGUGCCCCAGGGCAGGACAGUGGUGGACGCAGACCCUGCCCUCGGGGUGCUGGUCUCUUGAGAAGGCCCCAGGUUUGGUGGGAGACGUGGCAUUUGCCUGCCUGCCCUGGGGACACAUUGGCACGUGACACUGACCCACCACUCUCACGUGUGCCCUUGGGGGCAGCCCCCGAGAAGCCCCGUGUGCAGACCAGGGACGGGGGUCGGACGGAGGACGGGGAAGUUCAUGGAGCGCCCCAGCUCGGGGACACUGUUUUGAGAGGAGGAGCCUGCAGGACGGUGGGGGGUCUCGAGCAGCCCAGUUGGCUGCUGGGUGAGCAGAAACACCAACUUUGCAGGAGUGAAAGCAGAGACCCGCCGUCACCCUGCUCUCCUCAGGGCGUGACAGGCCGCCGUGGGAGACCAUGGUGCCACAUCCAAGCGGCACCUGUCCCUUAUCUCACCUUCGCUCUCCUUCGUGGAGAAGUAGUUAAAGGAACGACUUACAGGGCUUUUGUCGAAGUCUUGCCUGUUAUCUUCUUUGAAAAUCCAUGCCAGUCUGCAGUCUUCAGAAAUCAGCCCUCAGCCCUGGUAGCUGCCCGGCGAAACUACCAGCUUUUAAGCGGGGGUGAGCGCAGACCCAGAUGCAGUGGGAAACGCAGAGCGUCGGCGUGGCCCCGGCCGCCGGCCCGGCAGUGCUGCGCGGCCGGCUCGGAGCUCUGCUGAGGAGCGAGCCAGGCCCUCACAGCCUCGACGCUGUGGGGUUCGCGGUGAGGUUAGGGCCGUGAGCGCCAGCGGGUAGAUUCUGUCCUGGGCGCCGUGGCCCCGCCGUGUGUGCCGAAGCAGACUGAUCUCUCAUCUGAGCCGCAAAGUGACCUGUAGUCACUGUAGUUUAGUUUCACGUCCCUUGUUGGCGGCACCUGGUUCUCCAGCCGCCGUCACCUGGGCGGCCAGCGCUUCGCAGGGCAGCACGGCCGUGGCUCAGCCGGUCCGCAGACCCUCCCUGGGUGGGGAGGAGGCGGACGGUGCUGCCCUGCCCCUCUGACCUGCCUCUCCAGGGGUCAGGAGUUAGGUCACGGGUCCCCAUUCCCCGGCCGGGCUGCACAGCAGGAGGUGAGCGGCG